AUGAUAUGGUCGUGGGUUCGACUCCCACUAUGGAUAAACCGCUGCACCCUUCGUGACUAUGAUGAUGGACUGAUAAAUAUCACUAGGGAAAGCACAAAUAUUACUGUUUCUAGGUAUCACUUUUGUCAACAUGACAAGACAAUGCUCAUUGGAGCAGACCCUUCUCAUAUUGGCGACAGAUGCAUUCGAGUGACCAUUCACCAUUGUUUUUUUGAUGGGACCAAACAGCGGCAUCCUCGAGUUAGAAAUGGGAAAGUGCAUCUUUUUUUUUUUCGACGGUGGGGCAUUUAUGCUGUUUGUGCUAGUGUGGAAUCACAAAUACACUCCCAAUGCAAUAUAUAUGAAGCAGGACAAAAGAAGGUGGCAUUUAAAUAUCUCACAGAGAAGGCAACUGACAAGGAGGAGGCAGCAACUGGCUGCAUAAACUCUGAAGGGGAUUUAUUCGUAAGUGCAACUCAAGCGGGGCUAAUGACCAAGGAUACUGCACACAAAAUGUUUCAUCCUAGCGAACGCUACCCUAAAUGGACAGUGGAACUGCCCACGGAUGAUCUUAAGCAAGUUCUCCAGCGUUGCACAGGAUGGCAGUCUGUUCCACAACCUGCAGAUCAGAAGGCGGUAGCGUAGU